UUAUUUUUAGUUGCCACUGCGUGUUGGUGUCCUACGAUAAAGUAUAAACAGACACGUGUGUUAUCUCAGUAUCUGUCACUUAUUAAUAUUCUAGUCUAAACCAUUUGUCUAGGUAAAUUUAUAAAUAUGAAAGUACGAAAAAUUGUAACAUCAAAGCCAAAUACGAAAAUGAAGAUUACGAAAAGAAAAUUACCGAAAAGUUCAUCCAGUAAUCCUACGACAAAAAAGUUUAGAGAAGCUGUUCGUCAAACUCUACUAACGUCGUCUGGAGGAGUAUUUUUACAAUCAAAUAAAACACCUCUCAAAUCUCAAAUUAUAAACAGUGGAAGUUUAACAUUAGAAGCUCUAGAGAAACAUAAUGCAUCUACUCAUGGUUUCACUGAGGCAUCAAUUCAAGAUGAUGUGGCCAGCAUGGGAGGCACAACCUUUAACACAUGGGCCACCAACCUGACUGGAUGUACCAACAUCACUUUCAGCAGAGUUCAUCAUUACCUUAACUCAAAUAAUGCCAUUCAUAAGGAGAUCCUGGCUGUCUUAGCAGCAAUAACAGAGGUUAUAAAAGAGAAUGGAGGAAUAGGUACAGAUGUGCAGUAUUUUGCAACCUUGGUGACUAGCUUAGAAAGUGCAGAUAAAACAGAAACCAGAAUGGCAAUGGCUCAUCUUUUAAGUGUUGUUAUUAAAAGGGUGCCAGUCUCUAUAUUGCGCAGCAGAUAUUCACAAGUGGAAAAAAUAUUGUUGAAAACUAUCACAGAGUGUGUUCAGAACCAAGUGCUAUCUCCGCUAAAGCCGGCACUUUCUUGUUUAGCAAGUCUUCUUCGUGUUCAAGAUUUAACAAAAUGGUUAGAUGGUUCAACAACUCACGCAUUUAAUGCACUACUUGCUUUCAUUACUCAUAAAAAACCUAAGUUAAGAAGAGCUGCUCAAACAGCCAUCAAAGUUGUACUUAAGGGAAGUUUAUUCAUGCAGCAGACACCUGCACCACCUUGCCAUCCAGCAGCACCUGUCACUGCUAACUAUUGUGAAAAACAAAUUGAAGCGUUCAAAGGUCAUUCAAAUAAAACAGAAGUACUUCACAUGCUCUCAUUAUUGAAAAAUAUCAUCUUUGUAUUUCCUGCUGGAAACAUCAAAACUUUAUGUGAGACCAUGUUGAGGUUUAUGACAUUGACUGAUUUGAUAAUGAAAACAUCCUGUAUGGAAGUGCUAUACCAUUUAUUCAGUGCUAAACCCAGUGCCCAGUGUAUGCCAGCUGCAAUGAAUGCACAGAUCCUUACAGCUCUCCAUGAAUACCAGCCCUCUGAUAAGGAUAGUCAACAGAUGUUAGCUUGGAUCAAAGUUAUUGAAGCUGCAACACUAAAUUUAGUCAAUCAGGAUCUAGAAUUAGGUAUGAAUCACUUACCUCGUCUAUUUUCAAAAUUAAUGUCUUGCCUUUUAACUAAUGGACAUGAUGUAGCCAAAGCAGCUGUUGAAUCUAUGAAGACAUUGUUGCUGAGUGUGAACAAAGAAAAAGUUGUCAAAAGUAGUACAUCACUGGCUGCUAUACAGAAGUUAGUGAAGACCAUGGAGGCUGGGUUAGGAUAUCAGUUCUGUUCCGUGUGGUCAUUGGUACUUCAGCUGUGGUCUACUGCAUUCUUGGCUUUGGGAAGUAUUAUACCUCAAGCAUUGUUAUCGUGUCUGUCAUCACUGGGUGAGUUGAGAGACAGUCCACACUUUUCUUACAAAGGAGAGAUGGAUCAUGCUGUUGGAAGUGCUGUCAAGUCCAUGGGUCCCAGACUAGUAUUGGAAGCUCUUCCUCUGGGUAUUACUGGAGAAAAUGAUAAUUUAGAGUUUCCUCGAGGUUGGCUUCUUCCUGUGAUCAGAGACAAUGUCACUCACACUGAGCUGAACUUUUUUGCAGUCUACUUUUUACCUUUAGCUGCCAAGUUCAAAACUAAAGCUGAUGAAUUGUCCAAAGAGAAAAGAUUAGCAGAAUCUAAAGUUUAUGAAACUUUACAUCACCAGAUGUGGUCACUUCUAAAAGGUUUUUGUGAUCACCCAACAGACAUAACUAAAAGUUUUCAAGCUAUAGCCAAAACCCUUGGUACAGCAUUAAAUGAAAGAGAAGACCUACAGCUUGAUGUGAUGUCAGCCUUGAGAUCAUUGAUUACUUGCAGCCUACAAAAUGAAUCAGAUAAAAAAGAACUUGGCAGGUUUGCUAAAAACUAUUUGCCCAUAUUGUUUAAUUUGUUCACUGAAGAAAGUAAAUCCAAUGAUGGAGUCAGACUUGCUGCUCUGGAAACAAUCAAAAAGUAUAUGUUAGUGACAGACAAAAAGCUUGUGAUGACCUACUUGGAUAAAUGUCUAGAGAAAAUAGACUUGGACUCCAAGAAUUUUAAAAAUGUGGCAUUACUGGAUCUGGUCAUUGCAAUGAUACCUUAUGCUGAUGAUGUCAGUUUGAAUAAAAUAUUCAACUUAUCUCUUCAGGAGUUAUCGUCUGAAGAUAAAGGAAUCCAAAAAAAAUCCUAUAGAGUGUUAGAAGAAAUCAGCAAGAGUGAAUCCAGCAAUUGUAAAGAGAUAGUGUUAUGUAACUUACAACAAAUUAAUGAAACCAUCUUAAAGUCCUUGUCCAAGUCUAGUCCUGCUGCUAAAGCUCCACGUCUCAGAUGUUUGAUCCAUCUGUACAGAAAUUUGCAAGAUAAAAGUUUGGAUUUCUUUCUGUCAACAUUGCCUGAGGCUAUCUUGUGUACUAAAGAGAUUGGAUCCAAAGCAAAGGCUGUGGCCUUUGACCUUUUGGUUGUCAUGGCAGAGACAUACAUGAGGUGGAAUCCAGAGCAUUCUGAAAAUGAAAAUCUUUCAGCUUUUGUGCAGCAUGUGAUGGCAGGUCUAGCUGGCUCUGUACACAUGGUUAGUGCUACAAUCUUAGCGCUCUCACACAUAGUCUUCAAAUUCAAAGGAAAGUUGACUGGCCCAAUAUUAGACAAUCUAAUAGACAAUGCUUGCUUAUUGUUGUCAUCUAAAACCAAAGAAGUCUCCAAAGCAGCUGUAGGAUUUAUCAAAGUCCUGCUGUCUGUCUAUGAAAACACUGUCAUAGCUUCUCAUCUUAAACAAUUGUUGAAUAGCCUCCAUGAUGUUGCUGUGAAAGGUAGCAUGAAGAGAUUUAUUAAAAUCAUCUAUGCCAAGUUUAUAAAGAAAUUUGGCUAUGAGUUGAUCUUAUCCAUGACCAAGCCCAGUGUUCACAAACUGUUGAAGAAUCUUCACAAAGCUCAAGAGAGAGCUAAAAGGAAGAAAAAUGGCAAAGAAAACUCUGAGGAUGACAGUGAGAGUGAAAGUGAUGAUGACAAGUUUACAGCUCAGCCUGAGAGCAUUGAUGAUUUGUUACAAGAUACAGACUCUGAACUAGAUGAGGAAGAGGAAGGUGUGAGCAAAAAGAAAAGUAAAAGAAAACGUGGCAAUGAUGCUUGGUUGAUGGAGUCGGGAGAAAAUAUAGUUGACUUUAUGGAUCCAGGAGCAUCAAAACAAGUUUUAGCUACGAAACCUGAAACUGGUGUUAAAGAGAAAAAAUCUGAUCAAGAAAGAGGCUUUAAAUUUUCUUCUGAUGGUCGACUUAUAAUUACAAAAGAUGAGGAAGAAAACAAAAAAGAUAAAUCUAAUAAGAAAGUCAAAGAUAUUGAUGCUGAAGAUGAUGAUUUGAAUGAUAGUCUAGGUCUAUAUGUAGAAAAUAUUAAGACAAUGAACAGAAAAAGAAAAUUAACAACUGAGCUAAAUGAUGAAGAGGAUAUUCCCCCAGCUUCUAAAUACAAAGCUGGAGGCAGUGGUAUCCAUAGACCUGUUAAGAAUACUGUUAAAGAGAAAAUAGAAAUAGGACAGGAGUACAGAUCUAAGAAAGCUUUGGGAGAUGUCAAGAAGAAAGGAAAGCCUGAUCCAUAUGCAUAUGUUCCAUUAAACUUUAAUCAUUUAAAUAAAAGGAAACAGAUGAAAGUAAAAGGUACAUUCAGUAAUUUGGUGAAAGGAGCCAAGAAAGGUGCUGCCAAGGGAAAUAAAUCUAGAGUACACCAAAAAAGGAAAAAAUAAAAUGUCUGUUUACUAUAGACUAGAUUACUUAAUGUUAUUCAUUUUGAAUUCCUCAGUGACUGUGUCCUUUUGUACAAUUUGUCAGAACUGACUUCUGUUAUAAAUUGUAUCUGGCAGUGGGCUUGCCACAUGGUCAGAUUUGUUCCUAGUACCAAGUAGUUCAUCUGGUUAAAAUGUCAGCUACCCAUGUAUAUAGUUAUGGUUGAGCUUGUCAGUAUUUAGAGGGAAAUAUUUGUCAUAGGGCUAAGUGAUCAUAUCUGAUAAAUGUAAACAAAUUUCACUUUUGUAUAUAGUAAAAUAAUGUAAUUUGUUUCAUUAACAUGUAUGAGCUGUCAAUCUAUCCUGUGUAUCAUCAUGUGAUGGUCAUUAUGGAAGUGUCCAUAACUAACUUUCUUGAGAGAACAAAUUCAAUGAUAGACCUAUCACCUAAAUUUUGUUUACAAAUUACUUGUGAAUUCAUGAACUUGUAUUUAUUGUGUUUCUAUUUGAAAUUGAAAAGACUUCAUGUUUGAACAUUAAAAGUUCAAGAUAGA